GUCUUUCUAAGUAUGUUUUUUUCAUAGUACACCAUGUUUCUUGUUUGGUUUUUUUAGAUAAAAUUGCUUUUUUAAACUUGUUCUUUUCUUGUUUUGAAGUUUUAACUAGUCAUCUAUGUCCAAAAAAAAAGUUGGUACAAGUGAAAAUUCAAACUUUUUGUUCAAAAAGAGUUAUGACAGUACUUAAAGAGUGAUAAAGUUGAGAUCUUUAUGUGCGUAUAAUAUAUGGCUAGUCAUCAUCAAGAAAGUGAAGAGAUUAAACCAAGAUUAUCAAUGGUUACUAAUACUGGUUAUUGGUUUGAUGGUCAUAGUAGUAAUUCAUCAAAUCCAAAUAUGGUUAAUCAUCAGAUGCAAAGUUUUGAAACAAAUCCUGAGAUGUAUAACUUGACUUCUGGUAUGGAAAUGAUAGGGUUUCUACCUAACACAAACGAUAAUCCUCAUCCUCAUAUGUUAUGGAAAGGUAAUAGCGGCGUUGGUGCUGGUGUUGGUGGUGGUCCUUCUUUAUCCAAGAACGAUACGAGUAGUAGUGAACAAUUUUACCAACAUGGUAAUAAUAUGUUGGUGGCAACAGAACAUUGGCAGCAUGAUGAUCCAUCUUUAAGAUGUGUUUUUCCAUGUGAAGGAAAUGAAAGGCCAAGUCAAGGACUUUCAUUAUCACUAUGUUCAUCAAAUCCUUCUAGUAUUGGUCUACAAUCUUUUGAACUAAGACAUCAUCAUCAGCAAGAAAUAGGACUAAUACAUGAUGGUUUCUUGGGUAAAUCUGCAAAUCUGCAACCGCAAAACAAUCAUCAAGGGUAUUUUCAUCAUCAGAUUAGGGACUCGAAAUACUUAGGUCCAGCGCAGGCGUUGCUCAGUGAAUUCUGUAGUCUUGGAAUAAAGCAGAAUGAUGAUCAUUCUUCUUCAUCAAAAGUACAAAAGCAGCAGCAACAACAGAAGCCCCACCAAUGGCAAGAUCAUGAGAGUGCUAGUACUUCAAAAAAGCAACUUUUACUACAGUCCCUUGACAUCAUAGAACUUCAGAAAAGAAAAACUAAAUUGCUUCAAAUGCUUGAAGAGGUGGAUAGGAGGUACAAGCAUUAUUGUGAUCAAAUGAAGGCAGUUGUAUCAUCAUUUGAAGCAGUGGCUGGAAAUGGAGCAGCAACAGUCUACUCAUCUUUAGCAUCAAGGGCCAUGUCAAGGCAUUUUAGAUUUCUAAGAGAUGGAAUUGUGGCACAAAUUAAGGCAACCAAAAAGGCCAUGGGAGAAAAAGACAGUUCAAGUAGUACACUUAUUCCUGGUUCAACAAGAGGUGAAACACCAAGACUUAGAGUUCUUGAUCAAACUCUAAGGCAACAAAAGGCUUUUCAACAGAUGAACAUGAUGGAAACUCACCCUUGGAGACCACAGCGCGGUCUCCCAGAAAGAUCAGUUUCUGUUCUCCGCGCUUGGCUCUUUGAACACUUUCUUCACCCGUACCCAAGUGAUGUUGAUAAACACAUUUUAGCUCGUCAGACUGGUCUUUCAAGAAGUCAGGUGUCCAAUUGGUUCAUUAAUGCAAGGGUAAGACUAUGGAAGCCAAUGGUGGAAGAAAUGUACUUAGAAGAAACUAAAGAAGAAGAAGAGAAUCUUGGAUCUCCAAAUGGAUCAAAAGCCCUUGAUGACAUGAAUGUUAUGAAUCAAAAUAAUCCUCAUCAGUCACACAUUGAUCAAGAACAAAAGCCAAAUCUUGUAAGCAUUGACUCUGAGUGUAUAUCUUCCAUCAUAAAUCACCCUCAUGAGAAAAAUGAUCAUACCAACAAAACUUCCCUUGAUCAACAUGACCAUCAUCAUCAAGUUCAAACCUAUGGAGUAAGAGGUGGAGGUCAACCGUUUGGCGCGAUAGAGCUAGAUUUUUCAACAAAUAUGGCCUAUGGUACUGGUGGUGACCAUGGAGGAAUGAGUAACAAGAAUCAUCUUGGAGUUGGAGGGGGUGUUUCUUUAACAUUGGGAUUACAACAACAUGGUGGAAGUGGAUCAAUGGGGUUAAGUACAUUUUCAUCACAACCACCUCAUCAUCAUCAAAGUUCACUUUUUUACAUGAAUCCUAGAGAUGAUCAAGUUCAAUAUUCAUCACUUUUGGACAGUGAAAAUCAGAAUUUGCCUUAUAGAAACUUGAUGGGGGCACAACUUCUUCAUGAUUUAGCUGGUUAAAAUUACAACAAGGAGAUAUAUAUUCUUGAUUUUGGACCUUAUUAUAUAAUUGGUUCUUGAUGAAUUAUUAUUGGUGAUGAUAGCAAGGUAGAUAUUUAGUAGUACUAGCUAGUAGUUGCAACAUGCAUGGGGUAUAGAUUAAAAGAAGUGAUUUGGAAUCAUAUACAAUUAUGAAAAAUUCUACAUUUUGGAAUUAUUUUUUUUAGG